UGCAGCCUUCUGAAGUGCUCUGGUGUUACUCUGUGUGGGCAGAUGCCUGAAGCCCUCUGAUGAGCUUCUUCAAGGCUACAAAACAAACCCUCCAGUGUCUGUAGAAGUUUCUGGAUUUUCCAAUUCCCACAAUGGUUUAGAGGCAUUUGGACAAUGCCCUUUGUCACAUGCUUUCAUCUUUGGGCAGCCCAGAAGUGCUAUGUGAGUUGCAUUGUAAACCAUUUCCAACAGAACUGGCUUACCCUGAGUUUGUCCUGACCUACCUAGAGGAGCUAAAUGAAAGAGAGGAGGUGACCCAGACAGAAAACCACAUUCACCAUGGGGCCUGGGCUGCAGCUCAUCAGGAGACAGACAGCAGCUCAGCAGAAGAGGUCACAGCACUGAGCCAGAGGCAGGUUCUGGGAAAAAAAAAAAAAACAAAAAAUGUCAUCAACCCAAAUCAGAAACAACUUUCAGGACCUUUGGACGCCCAUUUAAUGCCUGCAGAUCCCCUGGGGCAGACUGCACAGCUGACAGUGGCACUGGUGAGGAAACUAGAGGAGAAACAUCCUAAGGCCCCAGCUCAAAGGAACUCCUCAAGAAGAAGUGCUGAAAAACUUUAUGGAGAAAUCAUCAGGCUGAUACUGGUGGACCUUUGUGGUGCUGAAAGCUCAUCAGUUUUCUUAGUAAUGACUACAAAAAAACCACAGAUGUGGAGGAAAAUGAAAUCUCACCUACGUUUUUACUUUGGUGAAAUUAUAUUUGCUACAGCACAAAUAUAAAAUCAGUGUAAGGAGGCAAGUUUAAUGCUGCUCAGGUUUUUUCUCCAUCCCUGUGUAGCUCCCCAAUAUAUCUAUACAGUCAACGUAGGUUUAGACAUUUGUGCCUGCUGUUCUCAGUGAUGUCAAAAUACUCUAAGAUGACAUUUUGGGUUCUAGUGGCUGUUUAGUGAAUGUCAUCACAAGAAUGUGGCUAAAUACAAUGGAAGCAUAACAGCAAAACAGAUUAUUUCUACAUAAACAGCUGUUUAUUGACAUAUCUGGCAUGGCAAGCAGUUACUGAUAUAAUUCUAACAGCAAUUGCAGGUUGUUUCAUUUCAGUCCGUGUCUGACUUUAUUGGUGUAACUGCCCAAGUGAAAAAAUACCCUGCUAAACCACCAGAGCUGGUCACUGAAUAGAUUUUCCUACUGCUACAGAAGGAAAUAUUGUAUAGAAAAAAGCUUUGUCGUGUACCUUGUGCAGUUUUUAUUCUGCUACUUGACUUGAAUAUGGUUUCCAGGUUGUAGAUCAUCUGCAACUUACAUGCACAGAGAGAGAAAAGUUAUUUGCCACCAGGCAAUUCUUCUCAAAUAUAAAUUCCAACUACGUAUUGAUUUUGGUGAGCUGAUGGUAUGUUUACUUGAGCUGGUAAUCAAUAAAUAGAAAGAUGAUAUUAUACUGUCAAAUGAAGCUGUGUUCAGCCACAAUUUAAUCUCAUGUAUUUAUGCCAAAAAACCCCAACAAAAAAUUACUCUAGCAGGAAUAAUCAUGAUUUGAUAAGAUUGUUUUAAUUUGAAACAGCAACAAUAAGUCCCUAAAACGUAGCAAUACAAUUGAAACAAAUCCCUCCUAGAGAAAUCUAUAGAAUAGUUGAAAUCUGGUAUUGAAACACCUGGAGAGAGGGAAGAUCGAAAGAGAAACAGGAAAAAUUAAGCAAGUAAUAACAUGAGCAGCUGGGGAGAAAAAGAGAAACAAAAUAACAGUUGAUGAGAGGCAGAAAAGAAAAAAAAAAGGCACAUUUUGUUCAAAACCUGUUAUUACCAAGAAACAAUUCUCAGUGUGGCUAAAAAUCAUGUUUAACAACAAUCCAAGGUUUAAUUCAUUAAACACCCAAAAGCCUUGGGCUUCUCUUCUUGGAGGUUAGUGAACAUAAUUUUAAUCCUGUACUUUUUUCCUGUUGUGUAAAAUUUAAAUAAUUUUUAUUUCAAGCAAAUGCUUAUAUUUAUCUGCUGGUCGAUGGGUAAAUUAUUGGUAAUAAUGGAAAAUAAUCAACAGUGAACAAAUGAUCUUAGA